AUGUCUUCUAAAAGAAAACGUGUUGUGCUUUCAAUCACAGAUAAAGUGAAAAUAAUUGAACAAUUAAACAAAGGAGUGUCUAAUAAAUUUUUGGCUGAAACUUAUAAUGUAGGAACAUCGACUAUUUCGAAUUUAAAGAAAAACAGUUCUGCAAUUUUAAAAUUUGCUUCUAAUUUGCAAUUUGAGGAUGGAAGUCCAUCUAGAAAAAAUAUGAAAACUGCUGAAAAUAAAGAACUUGAACAGGCAAUGUUUAAAUGGUUUUUACAGCAGCGUUCAAUUGGAAAUCCUCUUUCUGGACCUAUUCUUUGUGAAAAAGCAAAAAUUUUUGCUGAGAAGAUGGAUAAUUUGUCCGAAUUUAAAGCGAGUGACGGUUGGCUGCGUAAUUUUAAGGCUCGGCACGGCAUUCGAGAGCUCGAUUUGUGUGGAGAAAAGCUUUCUGCCGAUAAUACUGCAGCAGAAAAGUUUAUUGAGGAAUUUAAAACGAAAAUUGAAAAUUACGAUCCUGAAUUUGUUUUUAAUGCGGAUGAAACAGGCCUCAAUUGGAAGGCACUACCUCGUAAAACUUUAGCUUCAAAGAGAGAAACAAGUGCUCCUGGUCACAAAGUUAGCAAAGAUCGCGGAACAGUUCUUACUUGUGCCAAUUCAACAGGCAAUCAUCGGCUUCCAUUACUCUUAAUUGGCAAAUCCAAAAACCCAAGAGCUUUUAAAAACGUUAAAAAGCUUCCAGUGGUUUAUAAAAACCAAAAUAAAGCAUGGAUGACUUCUGCAUUGUUUACGGAAUGGUUUGAUGACGUUUUUAUUCCAGAUGUUAAAAAGUAUCAAAAGAAAAUAAAUAAAAAGGGGAAUGUAUUGCUUUUGCUGGACAAUGCACCUACUCAUCCUUCAGAAAGUUUACUGCUUCGUAAGCUACUGUUAGCCGAUGAAAAUGAAGAAGGUACUCUAAUAUAUCAUAAAAACAUUAACAUAAAAGAUUGCUGCUACAUGGUAGCUGAUGCAUGGACUUCCGUAAAGGCGAUAACUUUGAAGAGGGCUUGGAAUAAAAUAAAUGGAAUUUCAACACAACAGCAAAUACAGGAAGAAAAAGAAAAUGCAGAGUUGAAGAACAACGAGGAAAGUGAUAAAGAUACUGAUUCAAUGUCUACGGAAAACCUGCAGAAUAUGAUUACAAAAGUUCCAGGCUGUUCCGAGUGCAAUGUAGAGGAUAUCGAAGAUUGGUUACAUUCUGAUUCAAUAGAUCCUGGGCUCCAAUUAUUGAGUGACGAUGAAAUUAUUCAGAGUACAAAAGAAGAAUCAUAUCCAGUGGACACAGAAGAUGACAAUGAUUCUACAUUUGAAUUAGAAGCUGGACCUUCUGCAAGUGAGGCGUUUGCUUGUUUUGAGACUGCCUUAAAUUGGAUGGAACGACAAUCUGAAUGCGACCAUGUAGACCUUCUUGUCGUCAAGCGCUUGAAAGAUCUAGCUGCUAAAAAGCGAGUUUCUUCAUUAAAACAGCGUACAUUGACAGAAAUGUUUAAAUAAAAUUAUUUUCUUUAAUAUCUAAAGUUAAAUGAAGUAAAGUGAGUAA